AUUCCUUCAUCUUAAUCCGUUUACUUCAGACAUACAGAGACAGUCACCUUUACAGUGACACCUCUGUUCGCAGUUUCGUAUUUGUACCUUCUGCUACGGCUGCGGCUAUCCGUGUGUAGCAUUCAAUUAUAUCUUCUUGUUCUUGUUCUUGUUGAUGCAGCUGUUUGCUAUUGUCGUUGGAGCUGUGAUUGUUAUUGAAUAAGUGGAGGUCUUUCCUCCACUGGGACUCAAAGCCCGGAUAUUUUCCCCACUUUUUUUAAAAUUUGGAAAUGCCUUUUUCGCAAACUGGAACGAAGACUAUUUUCGGAUGGUCGGCUUUGAUUCUUCUCUGUUUUCUAAGCCAAACUGCACAUGCGCAGCAGUGUAAUGAACUAUGCUUCAACUUGACCAAUUCCGAACAACCUAAGAGUAAUGAAACCACACAACCGGCCAACGACGAAAUUUAUCAAAGAUGUCAUAUAAUUUGUGAGAAGUUUCGUUCGAAUAACACAGCAUGCAGAUUGGUUUCUAUUCAUGAAAUGCUACGGUCGACAGUAAACGUGUCAAAAUUAUGUUCCAAAGAAAAUCUAAUGACGGAAUGUCAACCGUGUGUAACCGGUGGAUUUUAUUCGCAUCCGAACGACCAAGGCAGAUAUUACCAAUGUGUUUAUGGUGUACUUCUGCCAAAAUAUUGUCAAUCUGGAACCAUUUGGUACCAACAUACAAGGACGUGUAUCUUCGACUUUCUGUCACGAUGGAAGAACAAGUUGAAUAUACGUAGGGACGGCCUGGAUGUUCAACCGACACAAGUUCAAAGUGCUUCUGAGACGAUGUGUGUUUUUGGCGUCUAUAAUCCUAAAUGUAAACCAUGUGAAAAUGACAGUUAUCACAGCAAAACAGCAUCGCUCACUCACUUCUAUCAUUGCAAAAACGGCUGGCUCUAUCUCAUGUAUUGUCCCUCGGGAACAAUAUGGAAUAGUACGUUAUCAGCAUGUGUUUACGGAGCAUCAUCCCUUUGUCUCUAUGGUAACGAUGACACAGAUUGUCUACCAUGUCUGCAAGACACUUACUACAGCAAACCUGGAUCCGUAAGACAAUUCUACCAAUGUGUCCAUGGAUGGUUAUUUGUGAGGUCUUGUCCAACUGGAACCGUAUGGGCUGGCCUGUUAAAAGAAUGCGUAGCUGGCAGCGUUCCAGGCAUAUGGAAUACAGCAGAGGGAAUUCCAGAUAUUUCAGACCUUCCAGAACAUGUUCCAGAUGUCACUAACAUACCAUCGGGGGUUCGAGAUGAAUCCUCUCCAUCAAAAGGCUUGCACUCAAGGGAGCCGAUCGAUCCUACAAGGACCAAUUUCUGUAUCUUUGGAGUGAAUCAGCCAAGAUGUCGUCGAUGUGCUCCCGGAACAUUUUAUCCGAAGCUGAAAUCCACAAUCGAAUUUUACCAAUGCCUCUCUGGAUGGCUGUUCAUCAUGGAGUGUCCUUUAAACACAGUUUGGGACGGCGAAUCGACUAAAUGCAUCUAUGAUGAACUUGCUUCUGCAUUACGUGGAAUAAAUGCUAAACCUGAAAAUCAAACAGGCGAGGGAGGUAAUGGUAGAGAAACAGCCAUUGGUGGUAGCCAGGGUACAGGAGGAGCUACAGGUGGUAACCAGGGUACAGGAGGAGCUACGGGUGGUAGCCAGGGUGCAGGAGGAGCUACGGGUGGUAGUCAGGGUGUAGGAGGAGCUACGGGUGGUAGCCAGGGUACAGGAGGAGUUACGGGUGGUAGCCAGGGUACAGGAGGAGCUACAGGUGGUAGUCAGGGUACAGGAGGAGCUACGGGUGGUAGCCAGGGUGCAGGAGGAGCUACGGGUGGUAGUCAGGCUACAGGUAGUAGCCAGGGUACAGGAGGAGCUACGGGUGGUAGCGAGGGUGGCAGCCAAAUUCCAGGCGGAAUUGCAGGCGGUAGCCAGGGAACGGGAGGAGAGGGAGGAGCAAGCGGUAGCCAAGGCAAAGGAGGAGUUACAGGCGGUAGCCAGGGUACAGGAGGAGCUACGGGAGGAACCGGCGGAACACAAGGCAGUCAGAUUAUAGGAGGAGGUGCGGGUGGUAGCCAGGCUACAGGAGGAGGUACGGGUGGAGUCGAGAGUACAGGAACGGGUACAGGUGGUAGCCAGGGAACAGGAGGAGAGGGUGGAGUAAGCGGUAGCCAGGGCACAGGAGGAGUUGCAGGCGGUAGCCAGGGUACAGGAGGAGGUGCGGGUGGUGGCCAGGUUACAGGCGGUGGUGCGAGUGGUAACCAAGGUACAGGUGGAGGUACGGGUGGUAACCAGGAAACAGGAGGAGUUACAGGCGGGAUCCAAGGUUCAAGAGAAGGAACAGGUGGUAGCCAGGGUACAGGAGAAGUUGCAGGUGGCAGCCAAGGUACUUCUGGAGGAACAGGUGGUAACCAGGGUACUACAGAAGUUGCAGGUGGUGGCCAGGGUACUGGAGGAGGUACAAGUGGUAGCGGGGGUAUAGGUGGAGUAACAGGCGGAAGCAAGAAUACAGGAGGUGCAACAGGUGGUAAACAAGUAACAGGAGGGGCAACAAGUGGAAACCAAGGUACAGGAGGAACUGGUGUUAACCAGGGUACGGGAGGUGGAACAGGCAGCAGCCAGGGUACUGGAGGUGAUGCAAGUGGCAACCAGGGUACAGGAGGAGGUACGGGUGGAAACCAAGCUACUGGAGGAGGAACAAGUGGUAACCAAGGUACAGAAGAUGGAACAGGCAGCAGCCAGGGCACUGGAGGAGUUGCGGGUGGUAAACAAGGUACUGGGAGUGGAACAGGUAGCAACCAGGGUACUGGGGGUGUUGCAAAUGGUAACCAGGCUAAAGGAGGAGGAAAAGAUGGUAAACAGGGUAGUGGAGGAGAAACUGGUGGUGACCAGGGUGCAGGUGGGGGAACAGGUAGCAACCAAGGAACUGGAGGUGUUGCAAAUGGUAACCAGGUUUCAGGAGGAGGCGCAGGUGGUAACCAGGGUACUAUAGGAGGAAUAGGUGGCAAUCAAGGAACAGGAGGUGGAACGGGUAGCAUCCAGGGUACAGGAGGUAUUGCAAGUGGUAGCCAAAGUACAGGAGGUGGAACAGGUGGUAACCAGGGCACAGGUGGAGGAAUUGGUAGUAACCAGGGGACUGGAGGAGGAAUAAGUGGUAACCAGGGGGCUGGAGGAGGAACAGGUAGUAGCCAGGGUACAGGGGGUGUUGCAAGUGGUAGCCAGAGUACAGGAGGAGGAACAGGUGGUAAACAGGGCACAGGAGGAGGAACAGGUGGUAACCAGGGAACUGGAGGAGGAAUAAGUGGUAACCAGGGGGCUGGAGGAGGAACAGGAAGUAGCCAGAGUACAGGGGGUGUUGCAAGUGGUAGCCAGGGUACUGGAGGAGGAACACCUGGAAGCCAGGGAACAGGAGGUAAGACAGGCAGUAGUCAGGGUAGUGGGGGAGUUGCAAGCAGUAGCCAAGGCACAGGAGGCGGUACGGGAGAUAGGCAGGGUACUGGAGGAGAAUCAGGUGGUAGCCAGGGGACAGGAGGAGUUACAGGUGGUGGCCAGUCUCCUGGUACAGGAGACCAAACAGGCGGUAAUCAGGGUACCGGAGGUGUUACAGGUGGCAGCCAAGGUACAGGUAGCAGCCAAGGUACAGGUGGCAGUCAAGGUACAGGUGGUACAGACGGUAGCCAGGGUACAGGAAGUGUUACAGGUGGAGGAGUUGCAGGUGGAAAGCAAAGACCCGGUAGCGGUGGCGGUACCAGUAGCGGCGGCGGUGCAGGUGGUGGUGGCGGCGGUGGCAGUGGUGGUAGUGGUGGUGGUGGCGGACAAGUUACUGGGAAAGGUACUGCUGGCAGUGUUGGUACUGGUGAAGUUACAAAUGGUACAGGAAAUAGAAGAAUGUCGACUUUGAAACCGCCAAUAGAUCUGACUCGCGGAGGAACCACAACUGAACCUUCAUCUAGAAAGAAUAAUGGAUUUAUUCCAGUGACGCCAUCAAUACCUUCGCUUCUGGGAAUUCUCACAAAUAGAGAAACGAUCGAUGUUAAUACCACUCAGUUCUGUGUAUUCGGAGUGAAAAACCCACAAUGUCGCCCGUGUAUAAAGUACACUUACUAUUCCAAACUCGGCUCCAACAAACAGUUCUACCAUUGCAACUACGGUGUCCUCUACGUGUUAGAAUGUCCAACUCAGACAGUUUGGAACAGAAGAUUGGGAAGCUGUGUUUAUGAAUCUAAUCCUCUCUGGUCACAGAAUCUCUUAGAACGUCCGGGUCAGUUAAACAGAACAAAUGGUGGAUUCCAGCUACCGGCUGGAGCAAACGGUUUACUGGCAAAUGUAAAUGGUACUUUUGUUCCUGUGACUUCUAAUUUACCAAAGAUGAAAGCAGUCAACCCAAACGAAACCACUCUAUGCAUCAGCGAGAUAGACAACCCACAAUGUACUCCCUGUAUAAAAGACUAUUUCUACCCGAAGUUAAACUCCCUUAUACAGUUCUAUCAAUGCAGGAUCGGUUUACUUGUGCUCCUUCAGUGUCCAGUAAACACAAUAUGGGACGGUAGAUCUAUCAGGUGCCUUUAUGACAUGAUGCGGAUCACCUUUGACCCUGUGCUUAAUAUCUUUCCCGAGGAUUUUGGAAGCACCGACACAAAUAAACCAAUCAGAUGGCGAACCGAUUUAAGUAUCGAAUCUAGAACAGAUAAUGAAUCAGAAAAAGUAUGGCCGACAAGAGUCCCAGUGAAUCCCAUGACAACGAACCUGUGCAUCUAUGAAGUCAACAACACAGAAUGUGAAGCCUGUGAAAAAGGCAGUUAUUACCCAAAAGCAGAGUCAAUUGCCGAGUUUUACCAAUGUAGCCACGGCAUCUUGUUUCUAAUGCAGUGCCCAGAAAGUACGAUCUGGCAUGGAGAAUCACUAAGAUGUAUAUACGAAGAAGGUGACACGUUCAAUUACACGAAUUUCUACAAUGAAUCACAUGGAAUGGACGCCAUCAACCCGAAUGCGACGUCUUUGUGUAUAUUCGAGGCAAACAUCACAGACUGCGAACCCUGCCAGCAAGGUGGCUAUUACCCGAUAAUAGGAUCUCUGUCAGAGUUCUUCCAAUGCAGUCAUGGUCAAUUGGUUCCAAUGAAAUGUCCAGCGAGAACAAUCUGGAAUAACAAAAUCAUACGUUGUGUAUACGAUCGUUCUCAAGUCUGGUUGCUUACUGAUACGGAAACUGGCGUAGAAAAUGCCGAUGAGAUCGCCCGAAGAACUGAAAUGAAUAUUGAAUAUCCGGAAAGGGAACCGAUAAACCCUAACACAACAAAUCUGUGUAUAUUUAAAGUGAACAACACGAGGUGCUACCCCUGUCAAAAAGGCAGCUACUACCCGAAAUAUCAGUCUGAAGCACAUUUCUACCAAUGCAGUCAAGGACUGUUAUUCCUCAUGAACUGCCCAGACAAUACCAUUUGGCACGGAAAAUCAAUCAGGUGUAUCUACGACCAGACUCGGCUGUGGAGAUUGGCUGCCAUAGAAAUAAAAAAAGAUGCUGCCCUGGCCAAUGAUAUUCCUCUUCAGUUCUUGACCCCUAGGUGGCCACAGAUACCGGCUGGACAUGUUGACCUGUCAAAAAUGUGUUUAUUCGAUCACUAUGAAGCAGGGUGCCAACAUUGUACUGUGGGUAUAACUUACAGUCACCCGUUCAGACAGGACCUCUACUAUAAAUGUGUUGAGGGCGUACUCCAGCCGAAACUAUGUCCGGAUGGGAUGUGGUGGCAUCAAAUGGCAGCUCAGUGUGUGCACAAAGGUGUCUACAACAUGACUUUUUCUCAAAGACCUAUCUCUAUCUAUGAACCAAUUGAUCCAACAACCACACCCUUGUGUGUAUUUGACACUAACAACACUCGGUGUAUACCCUGCCAACCGAACAGUUACUACCCGAAGUUUAAAUCGAUCUCACAGUUCUACCAGUGCAGUCAUGGACUUUUGUUUCUCAUGCAGUGUCCAGACAAGACAGUCUGGAAUGAAGCAUCCAUCAAAUGUGUUUAUGGACCUGAACGGUAUUGGUUUGCAUUUGUGGUAAAAACCAUACAACAAUCGAAAAUACCCGGGUCAUUGAGGGAAAUUCUUCACAUCACAAAUUCCUCUUCAAGAACUAAGAUCGCCUAGAAGUGGCUGAAACAGAACACUGACAAAUGUGAAUCGAGUUGUGAAUAUAUAUAUAUAUAUGAACCAGGCACAGACACUGAAACUCACAUAUUGUUUGCAUGAUAUUUUCACUUCAAAGUCUCCCAAGUACAUUGUUACACGAAGUAAUGAUGAUAAUGCUUAUGAUGACAGUGAUGAUGAUGAUGGUGAUGACAAUAAUGAUGGUGAUAAUAAUAAUAAUAAUAAUAAUAAUAAUAAUAAUAAUAAUAAUAAUAAAAAUAUCGUGUGAUAUUAAAUUUGUAUGGCUUUUUUCUUUACCAUCACUUUAUUAAAUCGUUUUCAAAUUAUUUUUUCAAAGUGCUUGUAAAAAAAUAAUUUAUUUGACUUCUCUCCUUGUAAAAGACCAGGGUUUUGGAUUCUUUUAAGCUAAAUCUCUGGAAAUAUUAUGCAUUAUUUCUCUUUAAAUAGCUUUCUUUCGGCCUUUUAUUUCUUUCAUAAUAUGAAUAAAUAAUUACAGUUGA